AUGGCUGUUCCAUUGACUGGAUCUGCCCUACAUGCAGACAGUCUGACCCCAUCCCAGCCAGACCCCCCUCCCCCUCCCUUCACCCUCCAGCCUCCCUCCUUGCUGGCCCCCUCCCACCUUUGCGUCCUCCAGUUUAACUGCAACAGGAUCCAAUCCAGUGCAGUUGAACUAGCUACUUACCUCACCAAGAAUGACGUGGCGGUUGCUUGUAUCCAAGAAACCAAGCUAUCCACUGCAUCCUGCUCCCCCUCCUUCCCCGGAUAUGCACUGGAGCGCAGGGACCGCCCCGGAGGUCACGGCGGCGGUCUCCUAAUCUUAAUCCGCCAUGAUGUCCCCUACUUUGGACAAGACAUCUCCCCCUUCCUAUGCGGUGACACCACCAUGAAGGCUAUGGCAAUCUCCACUCCUCUUAAUGGCUCACCUCUCUGUAUCAUCAAUGUAUACAGCCAGCUGGCCUCCUCCUGCCCCCCGGGAUACUCCCCGGAGCUUGCAGACAUCAUCUCCAUCCCGGAAGACUGCCUGAUAGUGGGCAAUUUUAAUGCCCACCAUCCCUCUUGGUUCUCCCACACGGAUGACCAGAGAGCCGCAGCGCGAGGAACCGCAGUUGACAACCUCGUCACUGGUUCCUCCCUCGCCUACCUCAAUGAAGGCUCCCAUACCCACCUCCCCUCCCAUGGCCCACCCUCCUCUCAGGACCUCGCCAUCAGCGGUCACCUACUCCUCAGCACCUCCUGGACUAUUCAAGUCACCCUCAACUCUGACCACCUGCCCAUCCUCAUCCAUCUCCCUUCCUCUGCUGAUUCCUUGACCCCCUGGGCCACCUGCUCCUAUGUCAACUUUAAAAAAGCUGACUGGCCCGCUUACACGGCAGUUGGCAGCCAUCAAAGCGGUGCUCGAGAUGGUCCCUCCCCCCAUCUUGUGUGCUGGGGAGUCGACCUUAAGGGAAGUCCUGACGACCGCUGCCAGACUUCAUACCCCAGCUGGAUUCAGCAAGGACUUCUCCCCACCAGUCAAUCCUAG